CUCACAAAAUUGAACCAGCCGAGCAAUUUUGGAAACCGAAAAAGUUUCUCAGGUCUUAGCUUGAGGUUGCACGAGUUCCAUCGUAAGCAUGCCAUCCAUGCAACAGGCGGAGGCGGGGGCGGAGCAAAGGAGCAACGGGCCUCGGAUCAAGAUGAAGCCCGCGGCUAGGCGGGUGCUCGCCGGUGGUGUGCGUUCGAUGUCGCUGGGGAGCCCCAGGUCUCCGCCGCCCUCCUACGCGAGCAUCGUCACCGUGCUCAGCAUCGACGGGGGCGACGUGCGCGGGAUCAUCCCCAGCACCAUCCUUGCCUUGUUCGACCGUCGUCGCCAACGGCAAUGCUACGAGACGAGUUUCUGCAACAACAAUGUUGCUGCAAAUGGCGGCAGUGAACGGCCUAUGCUUGCAAGGGGUUCUUUUUCUCUGCGAGAUGCUUCUUGUUGCAAAGGGAGCGAGCGCUAUCUCACUCGCGCGCCAAGCAUCCUGUGGACCUUCGCCCCUGGAGUUGUUUCUAAAACAUAGGAGUUGUUUCUAAAACAUAGGACUCGUUAAUGGCGUACAUAUGCGAAUCCUCCCGAAGAUACCGUUCCACCAAGGGAUCGGUACUCUGACGUUCACGGCCCUGAGGAGCGCCUCGGCCUUCCGGUGCUGCUGCUCCUCGGUCUUGGAGACUAUCUUGAUGUUAGGAGGCGCUAUCUCACUCGCGCGCCAAGCAUCCUGUGGACCUUCGCCACUGGUACUCGAGUGCCUUGGCAUCAUAAGCACACGCCGGUUCCUCGGCGAAGUCUAACGUGACGAGCCACUGUUUCUUGCCAGUGACAGGGUUUUGGAUUUGGGUGCCCCACUUCCCCAGGGCCUCUGGCGAACA